AUGCUCAAAAUUUUGUAUGAGCUAGGUGCUGGGAAAAGGUUAAUAGGAGUUACAGAAUCAUGCUUCAGGCCAAGUGGAUGUUCGAACGAACUCUACAAUGUGUGUCGUAUCAAGGUGGAGCCUGGGUCAAGAAUGCAGACGUAUGUGGAAGUACCGAAACCUGUAGGAACUCUUGGGAGGGGAAGCAGUAUAAAACUUGAUGUCUCCUGGCUCUGUAAAGCAAAGCCCGAUCUAAUUAUCAUUCAGGAUUCUUCGCUACACGGUGAUACAUGCAGUACGUCAAUAGUUGGGAUACUGGCACAUGCAGGGCUACAAAGUGGGAAGAACACUCAAAUCAUGAUCCUGAGGCUCCACACUGGUCAGCUUGUAUCAUGA